AUGAAAUUUAUUAUAUUGAUUGCCUUCCUAUCCUUGGGGCAAGCUGUCGAUUUGCCCCAGACCACGGAUACCACAUCAACCACAACGGGCAAGCCACAGACUACUGAGUUGCCGCAGCACAUCAAGGAUCUCAUAACCAGCCACAUCAAUCAUGUGCUCCAGCACAUUAAGAACAAUCCCUCCCCAACGACUCUAACAGGGUCCAUCGAUGGGAGUAACGGGAGUAAUGGCAACAAGGGGAUUACGAGUGGGACGCCAGUCGUCGUUCCCUAUCCAGAUCUCCUUCCACCAUUGGCACACUCUGGUGAUGUCCAUGCCCCUGCCCCUGUUGACCAGCCAGCGGCUGCACCUGCGUUGCAACCUGGCCUACAAUCGGUGCAAGCUGGCAAUCCAUCGAUAAAGGUGACCGACCACAAGGCCACCGGAGUCCUUCUCCACCAGGGUCGGCCUGUGAUUCACAAUAAAGUUCAGCAUUUGGGUGAUUCUAGUCCGGUCGCCGAUGUCUCCGAAAAGUUGCACUCAUUGCAGCAUCAUGUCAACAAGGUGAUGCAACAGGCGGAACAGCACAUUCCACUGGCGGUUCAGCAGGCAAUCCGGAAGAGGAAAGAGCAGCAGGAGCAGAGGGAAAAACAGGAGCAGCUCCAGAAGGACAAGGAGCAGAAGGACAAGGACCAGAAGGACAAGGAGCCAGAGGUUGAGAAACCCGCUAAGGAGGAGACCAGUCCCAAUAAAACCCCUCGCGCCCUGGUGAUCCCACCACAUGUCUCCAACAUUGUAAACCAGGUCCAUGCCCACAUCCCCCAACUGAUUGCCCAGCACAAGGAGGAGAUCAAGCUGGGCAAGUGUAGCUUUCAGUGUCCCCGGGAGGCAUUGAACAUUUGUGCCAGCAACGGCAAGUGUGUGGUCAAUUUUCCCGGCCAGUGCGAGCUGAGCCAGUGGAACUGCUUCAACACCAAGAAUGUUUUCCACCAGGUGCACGAUUCCGAGUGCCAGAACACCAUCAAGUGCUAUCAGAGAGAUAUGAUGUAA